AUGGAUAUUCACCGCUCUCGAUUUGUGGCGUUCCCGUCAUCAGCAAUCAACGCGCUUUCAUUCUCCCGGUCAAGCGACAAAAACCUUACGGAUCCUAGACCUGCGCUGAAGCUCGCACUUGGACGUGCAAACGGAGAUAUAGAAAUCUGGAGCGCCGACAAAGGAAACUGGGUGCAAGAGUCUGUUUUCACAGGAGGAAACAAGAGAAGCGUAGAUGCUUUGGCAUGGAUACAAGAGCCGGACGAUACGGACUAUGAGGGACACACAAUUCUUGGCCAGCUGCGUCUCUUCAGCAUCGGCUCGACCGCUGCUGUGACGGAAUGGGACUUGACGACAGGAAAGGAGCUACGCUCGUCAACUGGAAACUUCAGUGAGGUCUGGUGCUUUGCCGCCCAACCGCGCUGGCGUCAGACGAAGACUUCGCGCGACGACGAGUUCCGCGGCCAGAACCUGGUCGCAGGAACAGGCGAUGGUACUCUGGCCAUUCUUUCAACCGAGGACAACGACCUUGUGUUUAAGCGCUUCUUGGCUCGUGGCGGCAGUCGCAAGACUCGAUGCAUGAGCGUGACAUGGAAGGACAGAGACACGGUCGUUGCAGGCUUCACCGACAGCACCAUCCGCAUCUACGACGCGCGUAACGGCUCUCUUUUGCGCAACCUCAGCCUGGGCGCAGGUGUUCCUGGCGCUCCUCGCGACAUCUUGGUCUGGAAGGUCAAAUGCUUACCCAAUGGUGACAUCGUCUCGGGUGACUCCAACGGCCAGCUUAAGUUCUGGGACGGAAGAACGUACACUCUCUCGCAAAGCGUACACGGCCACGAUUCGGACUGUCUCGAUCUUGUUAGCAGCACAGAUGGCACUACCGUCUUCUCCGGUGGCAUGGAUGGUCGCAUCGCUGUCUUCAAGCUUGGUGGUAAAGAGGGAGACAAGAGAAGAUGGGCCAAGACCAGUCACCGCCGUAUGCACGAGGGCGACAUCAAGGCUAUGGCUGUCUACGACUCCAAGCACAUGAGUGUCGUUCUGUCAGGAGGCCUCGACACUACGCCAUUCGUUAUUCCCCUCCGCAACUUCAACAAGGAGAACCACCGAAGACUUCCAGGUCUGCCCCAGAACCCUGUUCUGGCUUCAUGUCCGCAACAACGCGUGCUUGUAAGCUGGGCCGAGAGCACAAUAAACAUCUGGCGCAUGUACAAGCAGAACCACGAGCGCAUCCCUGUCCCCGAAGGCACACGAAAGCUUCUCACUCGCAUUCGAAUCGACUCGACCGAAACCAUCACUUCUGUCGCCAUCUCCCCGGAUGCCUCACUUCUCGCUGCGUCCACCACCAGCUCCGUGAAGCUCUUCCACCUCUCUCGUACCGAAGACGAAAGCUCCGAACGCCUCCGAGUACGCAAGAUUGCCGCGCCUGAGACUAUCGGCGAGAGCGGAGCUCGCCUGAUUACUUUCUCGCCCGAUGGACGUUGGUUAGCAGCAGUGACGCCGCAAAGCGAGGUUUGUCUUGCAAGAGUAGAGGAUGAUUCGGACAAACCCACCUUCUUGGAUGCAAAUGUCGAGUUGGAACGUCAGACUCGCAAGGUCACCAUCCAGACUGGCCUCAAGAAGUACGAGCGUACUAUCAACAGACUAGCUUUCUCGCCCGAUAGCGCCGUUCUGGUCGCAAGCGAUCUUUCCGGUUAUCUCGACAGCUGGGUACUCGAGGGUCGCUACGACUCCACGGCCCCUGCUAUGGAUACUACCACGAAGUCUGCAUCUGGAUCUGACAAGGGCGCCGACUCUGACGACAGUGAUAGCGACGAUGAGGAUGAGACUACCGUCUUCUAUGGUCAACACUGGACGGACAAUCCAUCUGGUAGCCUUUUGCCUAAGCUCGACUCUGCGCCUCUCGUUCUCUCUUUCCAACCAUUAACACCAGCUCAACAAGAAGAGCCUACAGUCAACGGCAACCCUGGCGUUCACCCUACUCGAAACAACCCCCACCCCCACUCGCAUGCUCUUCCUUCUACCAAAUCACCUCUUUUCAUCGUGACCUCCCACCAUCAAGUCUACACAUUCGACGUCCUGAGCGGACGCUUGACAGACUGGUCGCGUAGAAACCCCACAGCUGUUCUUCCUGCCGAGUUCCAGACCAUCAAAGAUCGCGCCAUGGGUGUUGUAUGGGACGUCAACGAUGCCCGUGCCCGUGCCUGGCUGUACGGUGCCAACUGGGUUGGCAUGCUGGACCUGUCGCAAGAUUACGAGCCUUCUAGCGUACUGGAAGAAGCCUUGGAGGAUGGCGAGGACGAUGUCGCUGCUCAAAACACGCCCAGCAAGAAACGCAAGCGUCGCGAGAGCAACAAAUGGGGCAAGCUUGCAGAGAACCGUAAGAAGGCCAAGGGUAUGGGCGGCGCCGGUGACAAGACCGCAAGUGGCGAGACCAAGGGCGUUGUAGAUGAGAUCCGUCGCAUCGUGGACGGCAAAGCCGUUGAGACCAUCGAUGGCACUCACGAGCAAGACCUGGAUGAUGAGGAUGCUUUAGAAGACGCAGUGGGCCCUCUUCGUCGCGAUGACGCCGAGGCAGACAUGAAUGAAGGCACAAAUGGCGCUCUUGCCACGACAGGCCGAAGAAAGUGGUGGUGUACAUACCGAUACAGACCGAUAUUAGGAAUGGUUGCCAUGGGCGAGGCAUCGGAGGCAGACGAGCAACCAGAGGCAGUACUGGUAGAACGCCCCCUUUGGGAUCUACCUCAACUGCAAGAGUUGAGUAAAUAG